CAGCUAACGGCGGCUAAAGCCAAAGAUGCACUGAAACCAAGAUGGUCAAGGAUCCGGUACUUCCGUGUUUACGUUGGCCCGUCGGCCCGGCAGACGUAACCUUCUGGUUUGGCUGAUAUCCGAACAUGUUUUUUGUUUUUAGGUAUCUUUAAGAUGCUUUGCUCGUCCACUAAGCUGACCGACGUUCAAGAUGAAGAGAGCCAAAGGAGGCGGUGAUGAGGAAGCUCCCCGGCAGAAUGGCUCCGCCGGCCGGAGGAAAGGAGAGCAACAGCAGAGUGACGGGGACGAUGGCGACUGUGACUUCGGCGCAGCAGACCUGCAAGACGAAGACAAUGACCCGAGUCUCAGGAGGGAGAUACGGAGCAAGUACAGAGACCUCAUCAACUCAGUGCAGCAGAACAGGGAAGAUAUGCUGAGACCCUCCAACAACAAGCUCACAGAAGUUUUAGAAGAGGCGAACAAACUUUUUAAAGAUGUCCGACAGGCGAGAGAAGCAGCUCUGGAUGCCCAGCUCCUUGUUGUGGCCACAGAUCUGGGAAAGGAGAAAGCCAGCCAACUGUUUGCUGAGGGCACUGCUUUUGAUCCCACUGCUUUUGCCGAGCAUCUUCUGUCCUUCAUGGGUCUCAACCGACUAGAAGACGGGGAGGACGAGCAGCAGAACGGAAAUGCCGUUGAUGGCUACCUGCCCGAGGACGCUUGGCACAGAGUGGCCAGGAGAGCAGAGUGCUGUGUCAGGGCAGCACCGUCCUUCCACUACAUGAUGGGUUCGUUCCAUGCAGAGCCGCCUCCCCCAAAGCAAAAGAUAGAACGGCAAAGGAAGGCCCCUAGCAAGGAAGCCAAAAGGAUAAUGCCUACUCAGCUGAAGAGAAUGGAAGGCUCUCAUCAAGAGGCAACAGAAAAAGAGGUGGAAAGGAUCCUGGGAUACCUGAAGAGUUAUUACCAAGAUGAUCCAACGUCACCAAUAUCGUAUUACGAGUUUGUCAUCGACCCCAACUCAUUUUCCCGGACAGUUGAAAACAUUUUUCACACGUCUUUUCUAAUCAGGGAUGGGUUGGCACGGAUGCACAUGGAUAAUGCCAAAUUGCCUUGUAUAGCACCUGUAGAGGAGGGAGAGGUGGAAGCUGGAGGAUCAUUCAGCCGUAAACAAUGCAUCGUCUCCAUCAGCCCCAAAAUGUGGAAGGAGCUUAUAGAAGCCUUCGACAUCAGUGACACAAUGAUUCAACCUUCAAACACACAGAAUGAGUGAUCGACCCUGCCUCUUUUCGCUAGGUCAAACGGAACAUUGUUUUUAGGUGUGUUACUGCUUUUUUUAAAUUUCUAAAUAAUAAAGACAAAUUGUUCUAAAUUUGCAAAGGCCAAAUUCAGUGUAGGUAACUCUUGUAAACACAUAUCAUAUUGUCUGGAUAUCCCAAAUACUCAAUUGCACAUUUUGUUUUAAUUUCUACUUUUUACUGUUUUUAGAAGUUUGAAUAAUAAAAA